GAAAAACUGUCAUCACCGUCAUGUUCACUGCUUUCCAAGACCUGUCCUCUGUAUCUCACUGCACUUUUUACCCCCUCUCACACUCAGAUGAUUUAACCCGCAUCUUUCAGCUGAUCCUGUGAAGAGUUCAGUGACAGAAGCAGAAGAAGCUGUGUGUGUUUGUGUGUGUGUUUGUGUGUGUGUGCGUUGGCGGCUGAAACUCUUCACACUCUUCCUCCAGGAUGCACCUGCAGAGGUGAGCAGGGCCACCCGGGCUAAGCCACCGGGGCUUUUUAUGUCCAAGGCUAAGUCUUUCUCCAGGAGUUGGCUGAUCACCCUCCGAUGCAAUUAACCCAGCAAGAAGACUCUGUCAAGGGGGACUCAACGCCGACCACCGCAGCUCUCCAAUCCGACGGCAGCGCCGGGUCUCCGGCCAAAAUGUGCAGUGAAUGUUACGUCAACCAGUCAUUCGUGAACGAUGAUGGGACCGUGAACCACCACAAACCACGCUCCACCCCAAAAUCACUCCAGACAAACAACAGCGGGGUUAUCUUAGACAUCUCCACCCUUAAGAUGGAGCAGCUUGAAAGUGAGGUGCUUCCGCUGCCGCCCCGUUUUCGCUUCAGAGAUCUGCUGCUUGGAGACCAGAGCUUCCAGAAUGAUGACAGGGUGCAGGUAGAGUUUUAUGUGAAUGAAAACACCUUCAAAGAGCGUUUGAAGCUUUUCUUCAUCAAAAACCAAAGAUCAAGCCUGAGGAUCCGUGUGUUCAACUUCUCGCUGAAGCUGCUCACCUGUCUCCUGUACAUUAUCAGAGUGAUGACGGACAACCCUGUGCAGGGCACCAACAGCAGCCACAGUGCAGGACAGCAGAGCAGCGGCAAAUGCGUUAACUGCCAGUGGAACGGAUCAGUGCAGGACAGAGAGAUUAACUGGGAACUGAUCUUCUGGGUGGACAGGAAAGUUCCGGUCUGGGCCAUUCAAGUGAUUGUGGCCAUCAUCAGUUUCCUGGAGACUAUGUUAUUGAUGUAUCUGAGCUACAAGGGGAACAUCUGGGAGCAGAUAUUCCAAGUGUCAUUUCUUCUGGAGAUGAUCAACACAGUUCCGUUCAUCAUCACGAUCUUCUGGCCCUCAUUAAGAAAUAUCUUCAUCCCUGUGUUUCUCAACUGCUGGUUAGCCAAAUGUGCUUUGGAGAACAUGAUUAAUGAUGUCCACAGAGCCAUCCAGAGGACCAACUCUGCUAUGUUCAACCAGGUCCUCAUUCUCAUCUGUACUCUGCUCUGCCUCGUGUUCACAGGAACAUGUGGAAUCCAACAUUUAGAGCGAGCAGGAAGAAACCUCUCCCUCUUCAAUUCCUUCUACUUCUGCAUCGUCACCUUCUCCACCGUGGGCUUUGGAGAUGUCACUCCUCGUAUUUGGCCCUCCCAGCUGCUAGUGGUCAUCAUGAUCUGUGUGGCGUUGGUGGUGCUGCCCCUCCAGUUUGAGGAGCUGAUUUAUCUGUGGAUGGAGAGGCAGAAAUCUGGAGGGAAUUACAGCCGCCACCGUGCACAGACAGAGAAACACGUCGUGCUAUGUGUCAGCUCACUCAAGAUAGAUUUACUCAUGGAUUUCCUUAAUGAAUUCUAUGCCCAUCCCAGACUACAGGAUUACUACGUGGUGAUCCUGUGUCCAAGUGAAAUGGACCUUCAGGUUCGGAGAGUACUGCAGAUCCCUCUGUGGUCACAAAGGGUCAUCUACCUUCAAGGAUCUGUUCUCAAAGACCAGGAUCUGCUGAGAGCCAAAAUGGAUGAUGCCGAGGCCUGUUUCAUCCUCAGCAGUCGUAAUGAGGUGGAUCGAAUGGCUGCAGACCAUCAGACAAUCCUCAGAGCCUGGGCUGUGAAGGACUUUGCUCCAAACUGUCCUCUUUAUGUGCAGAUACUCAAACCGGAAAAUAAGUUUCAUGUCAAAUUUGCAGAUCAUGUUGUGUGUGAGGAGGAGUUCAAGUACGCAAUGCUGGCUCUCAACUGUGUCUGUCCCGCCACCUCCACCUUGGUCACGCUCCUAGUGCACACGUCUCGUGGACGAGAAGGACAGCAGUCUCCGGAGCAAUGGCAGAGGAUGUACGGAUGUUGCUCUGGCAACGAGGUCUACCACAUCCGACUGUGUGACAGCAAGUUCUUUGGAGAGUAUAAUGGCAAGAGCUUCACAUACGCUUCCUUUCAUGCUCACAAGAAGUAUGGUGUGUGUCUGAUUGGCAUAAAGAGGGAGGAUAACAAGAGCAUCCUGCUGAACCCGGGCCCACGCCACAUCAUGGCAUCCACAGACACCUGCUACUACAUCAACAUCACCAAGGAGGAGAACUCCGCCUUCAUCUUCAACCAGGAGGAGAGGAAGGGCCGCAGUCCAGGGGGAAUCUAUGACGGACCCUCGCAGCUUCCUGUGCAUAGCAUCAUUGCAAGCAUGGGCACUGUUGCGAUGGAUCUUCAGAAUACCAGUCCACCUGAUGCCCCAGGUGGUAAACUGGUCCCACCUACAGUAAACGGGACAGGGGGCCGACGACCCAGCAUCGCGCCCGUUCAGGAGAUUGCCGAUUCAUCCUCAAUUCUACCAUGCGACCUCCUUAGUGACCAAUCAGAAGAUGACUCGGUUUUCACAGACGAGAAAGGCCACUCAUCACCAGAGUAUGUGAAAGGUUAUCCCCCUAACUCUCCCUACAUUGGGAGCUCGCCCACCUUGUGCCAUCUGUUGGCUGAGAAAGCCCCGUUUUGCUGCCUACGACUGGACCAGGGUUGCCGGCACAACAGUUUUGAAGAUGCCAAGGCGUACGGCUUUAAAAACAAGCUCAUCAUUGUGUCCGCUGAGACCGCUGGGAACGGUCUUUAUAACUUUAUAGUGCCUCUCAGAGCUUACUACAGACCUAGAAAGGAACUGAACCCCAUUGUCUUGCUGUUGGAUAAUCCGCCAGAUAAUCACUUUCUAGAGGCUAUCUGCUGUUUUCCAAUGGUCUACUACAUGGCUGGAACCAUAGACAAUCUGGAUAGUCUCCUGCAGUGCGGCAUUAUCUACGCUGACAAUUUGGUGGUUGUGGAUAAGGAAAGCACGAUGAGCGCUGAGGAGGAUUACAUGGCUGAUGCCAAAACUAUUGUCAAUGUGCAGACGAUGUUCAGAUUGUUUCCCAGCCUCAGUAUUAUCACAGAACUUACUCAUCCAUCCAACAUGAGGUUCAUGCAGUUCAGAGCUAAGGACUGCUAUUCACUUGCACUCUCCAAGCUGGAGAAGAAAGAGCGUGAUAAAGGCUCUAACUUAGCCUUCAUGUUUCGCCUACCCUUCGCUGCCGGCAGAGUGUUCAGCAUCAGCAUGCUAGACACCCUGCUCUAUCAGUCCUUUGUGAAAGACUACAUGAUCCUCAUUGCAAGGCUGCUGCUGGGUCUGGACACCACUCCAGGAUCAGGAUACCUCUGUGCUAUGAAAGUAACUGAAGAGGAUCUAUGGAUAGGUACUUAUGGAAGACUGUUUCAGAAGCUCUGUUCAUCUAGUGCUGAAAUUCCAAUCGGGAUCUAUCGCACAGAAUCCCAUAUCUUCUCCACUUCUGAGUCUCAGGUGUCAGUCAGCGUGGACGACUGCGAGGACACCAAGGACAGAGGGUGCGAAUCCCGGUCCGCCGAGCAGUCCGAUCACCCCCUGCUGAGGAAGAAGAGCAUGCAGUGGGCACGGCGUCUGAGUAAAAGAAGCGUGAGGUGGCAGGGAGCGAACCGGGACUCCGGCAGGGACCACGCCCAACGCAUCGCACAGCAGCGCCUCAACCUGUACCGGCGAUCUGAGAGGGAGGAGCUGUCCGAGCUGGUCCGCAACCGAAUGAAACACCUGGGCCUCCCCACAUCCGGAUAUGAAGAUCUGACUAAUCUGACCGCUAGUGACGUCAUGAACAGAGUGAACCUGGGCUACCUACAAGAUGAGCAGAACGAUCAUCAGAACACGCUGUCCUACGUCCUGAUUAACCCGUCUCCUGACACCAGAUUGGAGCUCAAUGACAUUGUGUACUUGAUCCGUUCGGACCCUCUGGCUCACGUUCCUGAGGACCCUCCUGUCCACAGCAGCAGUCUGAAAGAAAGACGCGAGUUCACUUCAGACAUCAGAGAGGACACCCAGCUCUGAUGACCUCUAGCCCCUGUUGUCGACCCCCCCACCCCCACCCCCACAGCUGGCUGCACCAACACAGGCCUAAACAGCUAACAGAGGGCAUUGUGAGCUACUGUGUUCCAGCACUGCAGUCUGACACUGUAUUAUACGAGUGCCUACUGUUUGGCAGAUUUUCAUCAUCUCGCCACAGAUGACGUAUUUAAGAAUUGAGUGUUUGUGUUUACCAGAGCUCGUUCAGGUGAGCUUCCAUACAAGGUGUCUUUGAGUGUUAGUCUUUUUGCUGCGUGGUCCAUUUGGGUAAGUGCGCAUUAUGUAAUAAUGGUGCAAUAUGUAAUAAUGUAAUAAGUUUUCACCUCAU